AUGAGCGGCCUGACAUAUGGCGCCUCCGGCGCGGGUACUGCCCUGGUCAUCAUCGGCUUAUACAUGCUCUUCCAAGGCGAAGGCGAAGCCUUUAACGUCGGCGCGUUCCUCGAAUCGAUAUCACCCUUCGCAUGGGCAUCAACAGGAAUCGGACUUUGCAUAGGACUGUCAGUGGUUGGAGCAGCAUGGGGCAUCUUCAUCACCGGCACAUCGAUUCUUGGAGGAGGUGUCAAGGCACCACGAAUCCGGACGAAGAACUUGAUCUCCAUCAUCUUCUGCGAAGUCGUGGCUAUCUACGGCGUCAUUAUGAGCAUUGUCUUCUCGGCCAAGAUGGAGCCAGUAUCGGAUGAGGGCUUAUACUCUGCCGGAAACUACUUUACUGGAUACGCACUCUUUUGGUCUGGGCUACUUGUCGGUGCAUGCAAUCUGGUGUGCGGCAUCAGUGUGGGCAUCAACGGGUCGAGCGCUGCUCUGGCUGAUGCGGCAGAUCCAAGCUUAUUCGUCAAGGUCCUCGUGAUUGAGAUCUUCUCGUCCGUGCUUGGGCUUUUUGGACUGAUCAUCGGGCUGCUACUGAGCGGCAACGCAGACCCUUUCACUGGGGCAAACUCCUCAUGA